UUUGGUCGCUGUAGGCAACAAUGACACUAGCUACGUGGAUCGCUUUAGGAGCUCGUUGGUAUAAAUGGCGGAGCAGGGCACGGAGAUUCUAGCUGUCAUACAAGCCGGGAACCACAUAGACAGACAACCCCUACUAUUAGCCACAGCGAUCAAAAUAUUUCUAUUGCAACUAGCUGAUUGUUUAGCGAGAGCACAGUAUAGUAAGUUGAGUGAAGAUAGGUUAAAUAAGUCUGGCUGCAUGGACGCCAUGAGCAGCAGCCUGGAGGUGCUGCAGGGGGGCUGGAGGAAGGGGCCAUGGACGGCGCUGGAGGACAGGCUGCUCACCGAGUACGUGCAGCAGCAGGGCGAAGGCAGCUGGAACUCCGUGGCCAAGAUCACAGGGCUUCGUCGGAGCGGGAAGAGCUGCCGGCUGCGGUGGGUGAACUACCUCCGGCCGGACCUGAAGCGGGGGAAGAUCACCCCCGACGAGGAGACCGUCAUCCUCCAGCUCCACGCCAUGCUCGGCAACAGGUGGUCGGCGAUCGCGCGGUGCCUGCCGGGGAGGACGGACAACGAGAUCAAGAACUACUGGCGGACGCACUUCAAGAAGGCGCGGCCGUCCCGGCGGGCCAGGGCGCAGCUGCUCCACCAGUACCAGCUCGAGCAGCAGCAGCAGCAUCGCCAGUACCUCCACACCCUGCACCUGCUCCAGCAGCAGCGGCAGCAGCUCAUGGAGCAGCAGGAAGACCAGCAGCUGCCCAUGAUGAUGAUGCAGCAGCAGCCUAGACCGCAGGAGGAGGCUGCAAUGGAGGCGCAGCUGAUGAACGUGAUGAUGAGCAACGCUGACGUCCAGACCAACCACUGCUACUCCCCCUGUCCGCCGGUCAUGUCCACGGUGCUCGACCUCCCGGCAGACGAUGAUGACGGCGCUCUGUGGGACAGCCUCUGGCGGCUCGUCGACGGGGAAGACGGCUGCAGCGGAGGCGACGACUCAGGCGAGUACUAGCGCCUAUCUACUACCGCAAUGUGUGUAUCCCAGAUUCCCAGUGUAAAGACAGUGGAAGCAGUCUAGCUAGCCAAGCUUGCAUGUUUCAGUUACCACAAAGACAUCGAUCAUCGGCGCAUGCUUAGCCUGAUCACGUAGGGCCAUGCUAUCGAGUUCAUGUCUAGAGUUCACUACCUUUUACCCAUGACCAUAUGAGCCAUGCAUAUGAUCAGGUGGCGCUUUAUGAACCUAUGUAGCCUGUCACCAAGUCUGUAAAUUGCAACAGCAUAUCAUGUAAUUAAUUUUGGUU